AUGUCUGAUGACAGCGAUGGCGUGUAUGAUGACUGUGAUGACUACGAUGACGAUGAUACUAAGGAUAAGACGAUAGUAUACAUUGGAAUGUCACAUCGUCAUACUUUUGUUGAGAAGCAUAGGGCCGAAGAGAGGAAAGAAACUGGAAAUAUUAAGAACGCUCAGCAAAACCUGCUAAGCAAUGUGCGCGUUAGCGUAGAUGCAGUCAGCAGAGCAACAGGGACCUUGUAUGAUGAGCAACGCUACAGUGACGUCACCCUGGUUGUUGGAGAUCGAAGGUUCCACGCCCAUCGCCUGGUGCUCAGUGCAUGGAGCGAUGUCUUCAAGACGAUGCUUUGUAACUCAUCUUGGCACUCGCAUGACACGACCGGACAGCCAACCUCAAAGUGCCAGGAUCUCGUCGAGGAAGAAUGUUGUGAAGAGUUUUUCGGCGACUUCCUCAAGUUUCUUUAUACUGCCUCUGUAGACCUGACCAAAGGCAACGUCCUACCUUUGGCCCUGCUAGCUGACAAGUACUUGGUGAAAGAACUAAGGGAGCUCUGUGACGAAUUCAUCCGCGACAAUCAGAACGAUGCUCAGGAAGUCGUCACCUUCAUUCGCUCGGCCUUGAAAUUUGGCAUGCAUGAAACAGUCGAGAUGUGCCUCCAAAGUCUGCUGUGCAACUUCAGUGUCCUGACGCCAGACCAGCUUCUCAGCCUAGAAAGUGAGCACCUUAUAUCUCUUCUCGACAGUGGACCAAGGUUGAUGGUAGAUGAUGAGUUCACUCUCUUCAAGAAGAUCGAGCCCUGGUUGGACCAGUGUCAAAGUGGGGACACGCUUCUUAGUAUCAUCAAGCUCAUUCGUUUCCCCUACAUGAAUGCAUUACAACUGAAGAAAGCCAGAGAGACGCCUGCCUUCCGCAGAGCCCAGGAAAUGAUGCCAGAUAUACUCCUGAUAUCUUGGCAACAACAGGCAUUGUACAAAGAGGGGAGUCUGGAUGAUCUUCCAGAAGACUUUCCAUGGCCCAGACUGUACCUGAAUUCAAACGAUGAAGCCAGAUUCACAGACCAGAAAGUUUGCUCAUCCCCCGACCAACCAAAGAAUAAACCGAUCAAAGUCCGCAUUGAUGGCAAAAGAAAUCAUCAGGAAUGCGUUUCUUGGAAGGGCAAGCGAAUAGGAGAGAAAUAUUUCUUCAAACAAGGAUAUAAUUUCAAAUUCUUAAUCAAGCUUAACCGGAGCCCAGACUCACCAAGUGAAGUAAACGUCCAUAUGAUAUAUACAAGUGAGGAUUCACAUAAAAGACUUCAUUUGGGAGUACGAGCACAAGUUGAUGGUGGAAAAGAGCCUUUCUAUUUCUCAGAGUGUCUCCCUCCGGCGCCUCCCCCAUAUGAGAUUACUUCAGGAAAUACUCAAUUCACAUUUCCUACUGGGAUCUCAAACCCUGAAAUAAUGACAUUCCAUGUUGCAGUCAUUGUGGAGGACGAAGAUGAGAAAACGACAUAG